UUUUGAUCACCGCGUUAGUCCCUCGUAUCUCGCAUUCGUCGCUGCUCAAACAUUUCAUACUUAGAAGUGCCGCGGACGAGAUAAUUGUACUCUGUAAUUUCUUCUUUUUUUUCUUCUUAACUCUCGGUGAUAUAUUUUUAAAUAGUGUUCAGUGUUUAACAGAAUUUUUAUUUUUUCAAGUGGCUGUGAACUGGGAUACAAAAAUCGUCCGAAGAUUGGACGAAAAUAAAAUAAAUAAGCCAUAUAUUAAGGAUCGUUGUGAAUGUUAUAUUAAAGGAUCACCGUUUUAAACCACCAAGCCGUCCACAAUGGAGGACGCCCACGCGAAAACCGUGGAUGAGGUACAAAACUUCUUCAACGUAGACCCAGAAAAAGGUUUAUCACUUGAUCAAAUAAAAAGAAAUCAAGCUAAAUAUGGACCUAAUGAAUUGCCCGCCGAAGAAGGCAAAUCAAUUUGGCAGCUUGUUCUUGAACAGUUCGAUGACCUACUAGUUAAAAUUCUACUAUUAGCUGCUAUUAUAUCUUUUGUAUUAGCAUUAUUUGAAGAACACAAUGACAUUAAUGAAACUUUAACUGCCUUUGUGGAACCACUUGUUAUAUUACUUAUUCUUAUAGCAAAUGCUGUGGUUGGAGUGUGGCAGGAACGAAAUGCAGAGUCGGCCAUUGAGGCACUUAAAGAAUAUGAACCAGAAAUGGGUAAAGUUGUCCGUGGCGACAAAUCUGGUGUACAAAAAAUCAGGGCGAAAGAAAUUGUACCUGGUGAUAUAGUAGAAAUAUCAGUAGGAGAUAAAAUCCCUGCUGAUAUUAGGUUGAUUAAAAUCUACUCAACCACAUUGAGAAUUGACCAGUCCAUUUUGACUGGUGAAUCAGUCUCUGUGAUUAAACAUACAGAUGCCAUUCCAGACCCAAGGGCUGUGAACCAGGACAAAAAAAAUAUUUUAUUCAGUGGUACAAAUGUUGCUGCUGGUAAAGCCAGAGGUAUAGUUAUGGGUACCGGAUUAAAUACUGCCAUUGGUAAAAUCCGUACUGAAAUGAGUGAAACUGAAGAAAUCAAAACUCCUCUGCAACAAAAAUUGGAUGAAUUUGGUGAACAACUUAGUAAAGUUAUUUCAGUUAUCUGUGUUGCUGUCUGGGCCAUCAAUAUUGGUCACUUCAACGACCCUGCCCAUGGUGGUUCUUGGCUGAAAGGUGCCAUUUACUACUUCAAAAUUGCUGUUGCUUUAGCUGUAGCUGCCAUUCCAGAAGGUUUACCAGCUGUCAUUACUACCUGUUUGGCUUUAGGUACUCGCCGUAUGGCUAAAAAGAAUGCAAUUGUUAGAUCUCUGCCUUCAGUUGAAACUCUUGGUUGUACUUCUGUCAUAUGUUCUGACAAAACUGGUACACUUACAACCAACCAAAUGUCUGUUAGCAGAAUGUUCAUUUUUGAGAACAUCGAAGGAAAUGACAGUUCAUUCACUGAAUUUGAGAUCACAGGAUCAACUUAUGAACCAAUUGGUGAAGUAUUCCUUAAUGGCCAAAGAAUAAAAACCUCAGAUUAUGAAGCAUUAAAUGAAUUAGGAACAAUUUGUGUGAUGUGUAAUGACUCAGCUAUUGAUUUUAAUGAAUUUAAACAAGCUUUUGAAAAGGUUGGUGAAGCCACUGAAACAGCCUUGAUAGUAUUAGCAGAAAAAAUGAACCCAAAUAAUGUUUCUAAAUCUGGCUUGGACCGCAGAACAACAGCUAUUGUUGUGAAACAAGAUAUUGAAACCAAAUGGAAGAAAGAAUUUACUCUUGAAUUUUCUAGAGAUCGUAAAUCUAUGUCUUCUUACUGUACACCCAUCAAAACUACCAAAAUGGGUAAUAGCCCCAAAUUGUUUGUUAAGGGAGCUCCAGAAGGUGUUCUUGAAAGAUGUACACAUGCCCGAGUUGGCUCUCAAAAAGUUCCUUUGACAUCUGCACUCAAAAACCGUAUCCUAGAAUUGACCCGUAAAUAUGGUACUGGACGUGACACUCUUCGUUGUUUAGCUCUUGCUACUGCUGAUUCACCAACCAAACCAGAACAAAUGGAUCUUAAUGAUUCUACCAAGUUCCAUACUUAUGAAGUAAAUUUGACAUUUGUGGGAGUAGUUGGUAUGUUGGAUCCUCCUCGUAAAGAAGUAUUUGAUUCAAUCCAAAGGUGCAGAGCAGCUGGUAUUAGAGUUAUUGUUAUCACUGGUGACAACAAGGCCACAGCUGAAGCUAUUUGUCGUAGAAUCGGUGUGUUCACUGAAGAAGAAGAUACAACUGGAAAGUCAUACUCAGGACGAGAAUUUGAUGAUUUAUCUCUGUCCGAACAAAAAUCUGCUGUAGCUAGAGCUCGGCUGUUCUCUCGAGUGGAACCAUCCCAUAAAUCAAAAAUUAUUGAAUAUUUACAAAGCAUGAACGAAAUUUCUGCCAUGACUGGUGAUGGUGUAAAUGAUGCUCCGGCAUUGAAAAAAGCAGAAAUUGGUAUUGCUAUGGGUUCUGGAACUGCUGUAGCCAAAUCUGCUUCUGAAAUGGUGUUAGCCGAUGACAACUUUUCAUCCAUUGUGGCAGCUGUUGAAGAGGGCAGAGCUAUUUAUAACAACAUGAAACAAUUUAUUAGGUACUUGAUUUCAUCCAAUAUUGGUGAAGUUGUUAGUAUUUUCCUGACUGCUGCACUUGGAUUACCAGAAGCUCUGAUUCCUGUACAACUUUUGUGGGUCAACUUGGUCACUGAUGGCUUACCAGCUACUGCUCUAGGUUUCAAUCCACCUGAUCUUGACAUUAUGGAUAAACCCCCCCGUAAAAGUGAUGAAGGUUUGAUUUCUGGCUGGUUGUUCUUCCGUUAUAUGGCCAUUGGAGGAUAUGUUGGUGCAGCUACUGUUGGUGCUGCUGCUUGGUGGUUCAUGUACUGUGAAGAUGGUCCACAAAUAUCGUAUUAUCAACUGACUCACCAUUUAUCAUGCAUAAGCGGAGGAAGUGAGUUCAGAGGUCUUGACUGUGCAGUUUUCCAUGAUCCUCAUCCAAUGACAAUGGCUCUCUCUGUAUUAGUUACAAUUGAAAUGUUGAACGCAAUGAACAGUUUAUCAGAAAAUCAAUCUUUGAUUAGCAUGCCACCAUGGUCAAACUUGUGGCUUAUUGGUUCUAUGUUAUUGUCCUUCACUCUUCAUUUUGUUAUUCUACACAUUGAUUUCUUAUCGACCGUGUUCCAAGUGACUCCUCUCACUUUUGAUGAAUGGAUCACAGUAAUGAAGUUUUCUAUACCUGUAGUACUUUUGGACGAGACUUUGAAAUUUGUUGCCCGACGGUUCACUGACGUGCCCCUGGCAAUCGAACAGAAAUGGUGAGCCGCCGCUGGUCAUCGCGUGGACUGCACCACACCGCACCAGUGAGGCUGCAGGCGACCAACCAUCGUAGGCGACUUAGCGCAUUUUCGACAAGAACACGAAAAAAAAACAAUAAAAACCCAAAAAAAAUCCAUAAUUUAAUAUUCAAAUACGGUACACGGACAAUACAAUAAAUAGAUCAUGUCUCAUCAAUUGUGUGUGUUAGGUAAGAUUAUAAUAUUGUAGGACAAAAAAAAAUGUUUAAGAAUUAUUUUGUUUUUAACGCGUUUAGACUGUUUUGGUUUAGUAGACAUAAAGUACAAACUUUAGUUGAAAUUAUUAAAAUAUUAUUUAUAAAUAAUAAUAAAUCUUUAGUGUUACAUAUAUUAUUAUUGUUACUAUAUUUCUCAUCGUGUACGAUGUAUAUUAUAUCGUUAUAAAAAUGCGAACGUACCUAGACGGGAAGUGGUUUAAGUUUAGGCGCUUGAAAAAUAAUCAGACUGCUGCAAUGGACUUCUUUAACAUUUUAGGUACGUUUGUUCUUUUCGGUUGCUUUUUAUAUUUUUUUAUCCCUCCAGUACUUUAUGUAUUACACUAAUGCGCAUGCCACCACAAUAUAUAAACAACAUUAGAAUCGGUGCAAAUUAUCCUCCCCAUAUCCAACCCCCGUUUGAUCACUUGCAGUAAUUUCUUUUUUCAUAAUAUAGGUACGAUACAAAUAAUAAUAAUAACAAUGAUAACAACAUUUUGAUCGGUUAUUAGUACCCAGAAAAACGCCGCAGUGCUUGACACUAAAUAUUUUAUAUAAUACAUUAUUGUUAUAUUUGACGUUUAUUAUUAAUUAUUAUUAUAGGUAGAGGUAUUAUAGUAGGCGUGUAGAACUGUUAAACGAAAAAUAUACGAUUAUUAAUAUUAUGAUAAAUGCAAAUUUUAUGUUCUUUUAGGCAUGCUCUAUAGAAAUGUGUUUUUUUUCUGUUUUUGAACUUUCGUGUAUAUAAAAUGAAAUAUUUUUAAUAAUAUACUUAGAAUACAAAAAAAUAAAUUUAGUUGUUUAUCUGUUUAUCUUGUGUAUUAUUUGUGGAAUUAUUAUUAUUUUUUUUUUGUUAUGUAUAAAAAACAAAUUAUGAAUGUCAUUGUUUUGUCUUGAGUCGAAUAAAAUUGAAAGAUUUUA